AUGGCGAAUCCAGAUCCUGGAGAACAAACUUCCUUAAUUGCACAGUUCAUCGCGAUUGUGGGAACAGCAACCUCCCGACGAGCUCACCAGUUCCUUGCCGCCAACGACUGGGAUCUCGAGGCUGCCAUUUCGAAUUACUAUGCCACUUACGACGACCAGUCUUUCGACAUUCCCGAUGAUUCAGACUACGCCGAUGAAGAGGAUCCAGAUUCAUCACAUCAAACCCGAUCUCAACCUCCACAUCCUACAUACGGCGCAGGUCGGAGACUAGGGGAGGGUCCUUCAGAGUCCGAACCCACGCCUGCUGCCGCCUCCUCCACCUCGAGCUCUUCCCAGCCCAAAAACAACCCCUCCUCACAAAAGAAGUUUGCCACUCUGGGCGACUUCUCUUCAAGCGGUGCGAACGGUGACGACUCGGACGACGACGAGAAACAAGACCUGUUUGCUGGAGGCGAAAAGUCAGGCUUGGCAGUCCAGAAUCCGGACGACCUGAGGAAGAGAAUCUUGGAAAAGGCUCAGAAGCGAGGUCCUCCGCCAAAAGAAGCUGCUCCCAAGAAGUCAUUCUUUACGGGUUCGGCGCGCACCUUGGGGGGCGAUGAUGCACCCUCGCGUGAGAUUCCCGCUGCACAUCAACCUCGUGGCAGAGCAGAGAGAGUCGAACGAGUACUGCAUUUUUGGCAGGAUGGAUUCAGUAUAGACGACGGGGACUUGUACCGAUUUGAUGAUCCCAGAAAUGCAGAGAUUCUAAACUCGAUUCGACAAGGGCGGGCACCGCUGAACAUCAUGAAUGUCCAGCCUGGUCAGGAAGUGGAUGUGGAGAUCAAGCAACAUGAAGAAAAAUACGUCAAGCCCAAGAAGAAGUACAGACCAUUUGAAGGGUCAGGCCAACGUCUCGGAAGCCCAACCCCUGGAGUACCUUCGAUGCCUGGAAGCUUCACUUCAGAAACUACAGCGCCAGCAUCUGCAGCACCCUCUGCAGCACCUCCAACAACCGAAGUGGAUGAGUCGAAGCCAAUCGUCACGCUGAGAAUUAGUCUUGGCUCCGGAACUAGACUGACCACGCGCUUCAACACAACGCAGACGAUUGGAGACGUGUAUGAUUUCGUUCAACGAGCCGAGCCAGGUGGUCGGGAAUUUGUUCUGCAGACCACCUUCCCCACGACAGAUCUCAAAGACAAGUCCCAGGUUCUUGGGGAUAUGGCAGAGUUCAAGAGAGGAGGGGCCGUGGUUCAGCGAUACCUCUGA